ACGCUGUAGAUACACAAGUCAUUUCAUCAUCACUUGCUCAGUGGCUCCGUAUUGGACGCAGAAAGAGCGCUGCUCUGUCAAUUGACAUAUAAGACGAUUAUCACUCUUUUGUCUUUCAAUUACCUGUAUAUCGCUUUGAUAAACAUAUUUCAAAAAUAUUUUUAUCAUUGCUAACGUUGCAGUGUGAUUGAGAGUGUUCUAGAAAUUCCUGUGUCGCUGUUAGAGCGUCCCUUGGGCAUUGGCUUUGUUUCUUUCCGACAGCAAACAGUCUGCUUUAUCAUCCAGAAUGGACAAUUUGGAGAAAGAAAAUAGGUCUGACGAAGAUUCGGAAUACGAAGAAGAGGAGGUGGACCCUAGAAUUCAGGGAGAACUGGAGAAACUCAACCAGUCUACAGAUGACAUCAACAGAUGUGAGACACAACUUGAGGAUGCCAGGCAGAAGUUCCGCUCGGUGCUGGUUGAGGCCACGGUGAAGCUGGAUGAGCUGGUCAAGAAGAUUGGGAAGGCGGUGGAGGAGUCCAAACCCUACUGGGAGGCCCGGAGAGUGGCCAGACAGGCUCAGCUGGAGGCCCAGAGAGCCACCCAGGACUUCCAGAGGGCCACGGAGGUGUUGCGUGCGGCCAAGGAGACCAUCGCCCUGGCAGAGCAGAGGCUCCUGGAGGAGGACACCAGGCAGUUUGACUCAGCCUGGCAGGAGAUGCUCAACCAUGCCACCCAGAGGGUGAUGGAAGCGGAGCAUACAAAGACGCGGAGUGAGCUGGUGCACAAGGAGACAGCAGCCAAGUACACGGCAGCCAUGGGCCGCAUGAAACAGCUGGAGAAGAAACUCAAACGCACCAUCAACAAGUCCAAACCUUACUUUGAGUUGAAGGCAAAGUACUACCUACAGCUUGAGCACCUAAAGAAGAACGUGGAUGAGUUGCAGGCCAAGCUGAGCCAGGCCAAAGAAGGGUACAAGACGGCUCUGAGAAACCUGGAGAUGAUCUCAGACGAGAUCCACAAACGCCGACGCAACUCGGCCAUGGGCCCCCGGGGGCGGGGCGUGGGCGCCGAUGGCGACAGUGUUGCCGUGGAUGACAUUGCCAGCUUCAAGAUGGAGUCGGAUGGCAUCUCCAUGACGUCCGAGUCGUUUGAGGAUGAGACCUGCAGCAGCAGUGCCAUGUCAGAGGAGGACUCAGAGACCCACUCCACCUGCAGCCUGGGCUCCUCCUCUCACUCCCCCAACAGCCCCCAGGACCUGCCCUCGCCCUGCCCCUUUGCCAGCUCCUCUUCCCCUGCUCCCUCCUCACGCCCCUGCAGUCUGGACCUUCCCAGCCCAGUCUCGCUGUCUGACUUUGGCCUUAUCUCGCCUGUCCUGGGACCACGCAGCGAGUGUAGCGGGGCGUCAUCACCUGAGUGUGACCUGGAGAGAGGUGACCGAGCAGAGGGAGCGGAGGGUGAGCUGGACAAUACUGUAAACAACAACAGCACCACCGUCAAGACCAACAAGACCACGGGCCUGGAGGUCCGCCUCAGCUUCCUGUCUCUUCGACGCUCGCGCAACGACAACACCAAGCGCGAACGUCAAAGCCGUUCCCAGACCCCCACCCAAACUGUGGUCCUGAUCAACGGGGUGUGAAGUAGAAAGCUAAUCCACAAGCUAACCCCAUCACCGGCUUUGUGUGCCAACAUGCUGUAUUGCCAGUAACCACACACACACAUUCCAUUCUACCCCAUGAACUAAUACUGGCUAAGUAAACAGAAAGUGGCUCAGUAUUCAAUACUAUGAACUAAAUGGUCAGUGUAUAUACAGUUCCUAUGGAUCAUGAUGAUGAAGAGACUUAAGACCCAACCCAGGGUUGGUGAUGUCAUAAAACCACCACUUCCUAUAGAAAGGACCUUUCACCUUUUGACCUCCCACCCAUAGCUUCCUCAGUCAGAUUGGCUUCCCAUAAUUCCCUACUGUACUCCACACACAUUAAGGACAGUGCUGGCUAACAUCCUAUGGGUGGGGGCCCAUGGUAUAUGAGGGGAAAUGGGACAAAGUGUUGUUUUUUUACUGUGAUAUUCUCCCUGAGGGAGCUGCACUUCCAGACAGGAUGUGAUUCUGUUUGUAAAUGAAAGAAUGCACUCCUAGCUUUGACUAUUAGAAAUGGGGGUUAUUUAUAAGACUUGAUGUCACAGUGAAUGUGCCACCUGUUUAACCAAUACAGAAAAUAGUAACAUACACAUAAAUUGACAGAAAUCUGUGUUAUGCUUUUGUAAACGAAGAACAUGCAUGAGGCCAGGAUUUAAAAUCAGGAUUUCUUUAAAAAAAAGUACAUUUACGGAGUUCAAGUUUUGUGAAUAACCCUCAUGACUUGUAAUAUUACUCUGCUAUAUCCUCUCACAGAUAGUUGAUUUUUGAAUACUCUCACUAUUACGUAAUCAUGUGCACAGCAUAUAGAACCUAUGGCAACUGAGACCAAACACACACUACCAGCCCCUGGCUGGCAUCUCUUCGGACCGCCCGUGCAUUUGUCCAAUAGGGGUCUUCAGAAUUGGACUUAAAAGAACUGUAUUCUAUUGCACAACUCAUUUCCCAGUGAUCUAACUGUGAAUCCAUCUCGCCGACAGUAUCAUAAAGCUGGACUUGGAAUCUAGAUUCCAAGAGUAGAAUAAUUGUGUGGGGUGAGGCUACAGUAGAUAUACCCUCCCCUCUUCCUCCAUCCUGUGGUUCAUCGGUGCCACACUGAUGUGGUGCCAGGGAAAUGGGCCUCCAGACUCUGUCAACCCCCUAGCCCUCCUUCCAUCCAUCUCCCUGUCAUGGCAUCCCCAAUGGCCCCGUACUGAGGGACAACGUCCACCCACGGACGGUAACACUAAGAACUGAGCAAUAGCGCAAGGACAGAACAAUAUCUGCCCAUGGACACUUUCACAGAGUUCCCUGUAACGGAAUGAAAAGGCCAGCCAGGUAAUUCUCAGAAUCUGAGGAUGGUUUUGUCUUGGACCAAUAGAGGAGAAAGUGAAACUGGAUGACUGAAUGAAACUGAUGAUGGUGAAGAAUGAUGAGGUCUUUUGUGGAAACUGACAGAAUAAUUGAGUGUUGAUUUCUGGUGGACAGUAUCAGCUGCUGUAAGUUGUAGAACCAUAUUGGCUAAAGUGGCACACAGUAGACAGUCAGAUGUUUGAGGUCUAGUCGUCUGUGUCAAAUAGUGUUAAAUUGGCUUCCUCUCCUGGUCUCCUUAUGCUCUAUGGCCACAUGGGAAAGGUAUUUGGUCACUGAGUUAUGAGAAAAGCAAGCUAUUGCACAAGAGUAUGCAGUCUAUUUGUUAUUGUGACCGCUCCAGUCUAUGUAUGUACUGUACAUGUACAAAUGUAAUGUUGUAUCGAUGUUUAUCUCUGUCACUAUUCGCUGUGGAAUAUAAGGAUAUAACCAUGAACAGUCCCUGUCAUAGACAUUUUCUUCCAGUGGGUCUUGUUAUGUUAGAGUAACUUUCCAUUGUGUCUCCACAGUUUAUGUGCCUGUUUUCUGAAAAUAAUCCAUUAAAAGUGAUGUUCACUGCA